AUGGCGCAAGCCAGUAACAUUGAUACUACGGUCGCGCUGCCGCGACUCGAAGACCUCCUACGGCACCCGGAGGAUCUAGACAAGAUCAGCGGGCUUAAAGCGGAAUAUCUGCGGAAGAAGGCGGCAGUUGAUUCACGAUUGCGUGAAGGUCUGCGAGACCAGCUGGAGGCUGUGCAACGCAGCAUUGGUGCUCUGACUGAGGGCCAGCGACAAGUCUCGAAAACGAAAGACGAGCUUCAAGGCAUCGACAAGUUGUGCGCCGAGUCGCAGGAUAGUGUGGAGGACUUUGCGCAGAUUGACCAACUUGCGCGGAUCCAACGACAUUUCGAUGCUACGCUUAUGAUGAAACGCGGGCUGGAGAAUUUUGAUGCGGACAUCCAGGAAGUGGAGGAUCUGCUCAAAGACGAUGAUGACGACAUGGAGAAUCAGCCCAAUAUUCUGCGGGCUCAUAUGCAGAUCUCACGGUUAAGGGAUUUCCGCGAUGAGGCUAUGGAUCAGAUCCGCAAGGCGAAGGAUCAGAGCUCUGAAGAGACGCUGGCGGAGUACUUUAACAGGUUGGAUUCUGUUAUUGAGUGGUUUGAUGACCACCUUGGCACGGCUUGCAUGAACCUUAUUCCCCUGGUGCAGGCGGAUAAUAAGAGCAUGGUUGUGCGACUUGCUGUUGUUGUAUUGAACGAGGAGAAAAACGAUGAUACGGUCCGAGCGUUGCAAGAGGCUCAGAAGGACCACAAGGACCUCGCAAGUCGCUUCAAGUCGAUGAACAUUGGUCCCAAGACCGUGCGUGGUUACAAAGAAAAAUUCAUCCAAGCUAUUGAGCUCUACGCCCAGGGCCAAUUCGAAGAGACCCUCGAAAGCUUCCUUGAAGAGCCAGAAAAUCUGGAAAAGAGAUUCCGGUGGUACUUCAAUGAUCUAUUCACGGUCAAGCAAGGCAUGCAGAGCCUUGUUCCGAAAAAGUGGAAGAUAUUCAAAACAUACACCGAUAUCUAUCAUCAGAUGAUGCAUGACUUCCUGCUCAGCUUGAUCGACGACACCGACCUCCCAGCCGAUAAUCUGCUCAGUAUCAUCCACUGGAGCGACAAGUACUACAAGAAAAUGAAGAAGCUGGGCUGGGCAUCAACAGAUCUGCAACCCAACGUCCUCGACGACCGCGAACCAGAACUAGUCCGAAAGUGGCAGGCCGUCAUCAUCAACGCCGUCGAAGAAUGGAUGGACCGCAUUUUCAACGCGGACAAAAAGUCCCUCGUGGAACGUGCCGCAGACGCCCUAGACAACAAUGCAGAAGGCCACUUCCGCACCAAGACACUGGCCGACAUGUGGCGCAUGCUCCACGAACAAGUCGUGGCAUCAGGGGCAUCAGACCGCGCAGACUUGGUAGAGGGCGUCAUCGACGCUAUGUUCCGUGCCUUGAAGAACCGACAGACUGCAUGGCAGGCACUUGUGGACGAAGAAUGCGCAAAGCACCAAGUAGAAGGCGCGGACCAAGAAGGCGUGCAGCUGUUACAAGACUGGCUGAUCGGCAUAGCCAACGACCAGAUCUCCUGCAUCGACGACAACGAGGAGGGCAACCAGUUCGGCUACCUGACGCGGUUCAAGUCCGAUUUCGAGCCUAUGGUCACACCAAAGUACAUGGGCACCACGGCGACCAUGGAGCUGGAUGCACUGCGCGAUGGCUAUGUGGACUUGAGCACACACUGCCUGGCGCAGUUCGUGAGCCUUGUCUUCUGGGUCGAUCUGGACACCGUCCUGCCAGACUUCUACACGUCUCGCUGGUACGGCGAAUUUGCCAUGAAGCGUAUUACCUCCACGUUCGAAGACUACAUGGCGGACUACUCCUCCGUGCUGCACCCAUCCCUGGCCGAAAUCCUGGUCGAGGAACUAUCGGACGAGCUACUGGUGCGGUACCUGUCUGCGGUGCGCAACAAGGGUGUUAAGUUCCGCCGUCACGUCGACCCCUUCACGGACAAGUUCAAGGACGAUGUCCUUACUGUUUUUGCGUUCUUCGAGAAUUACCCCGACUCAUUCGAGGGUACUAUCAAGCAGAAGUGGCGACUAGUUGAUUGGCUUGUUCGCCUCCUUGCUACUGAAAAGGGCCCCGCGCUUGUGGAGGUUUACGAAGUAUUCAAGCUUGAGUACUGGGAUCUGCAGCUUUCGUGGGUUGAGGCUGUGCUGCGCACCCGUGAUGAUUUCGAGCGCAGCAUGCUCACCGCCAUCAAGGCUAAGGCUGCGGAGUUGUCUGUUGAACGGGGACAGGAGACUCUCAUGAGUCGGUUGAGAUGA